AGGUCUCACAGCCGCCAUGCCGGAACCGCGCGCCUCUGGGUGCCUAAAGGUGAACGCAGCGUUUGCUGCGCGCUACAGCCGUUACCGCGAGCGUGAGGAACUUCAGCGACUGAAAGAUCGCUAUGGAGAUCCGGACGUCGGUGGCGACUCCAGUUCCGAGUCUGACUCCAGCGAUGAGCAUGUGGAAUUUGAUCCCCAGCAGGAGAGAGACUUUUACAGGACUCUGUCCUUGCUGAAGAAGAAGGACCCUCGAAUUUACCAGAAAGAUGCUACCUUCUAUCAGAGAACAGCCGAAGCCUCAUCUUCAGAGAGUGAGGAGGAGCCGCCAGCAGCCUUGGGGAAGCAGGAGAAGCAGCAGAAGCAGCAGCCCAUGUACCUGAAGGACUAUGAGAGGAAGGUCAUCUUGGAGAAAGGAGGCAAAUAUGUGGACGAGGACAACUCUGAUGGGGAGACCGUUGACCACAGGCUCCAGGAAACAUCCACAAAGAGUUAUGUAGAAGAGCAGAAACAGCUGAAGGAAAGCUUCCGGGCUUUUGUGGAGGACAGCAGUGAUGAGGACAGUGCCGGGGAAGGUGGCUCAGGGUUGCUGCAGAAGCACACGAAGAGUCGGGAAGAGAAGGCCCAGGAGGAAGUGGACUACCUUGAGUGGCUAAAGGGGCAAAAGGACAUGGACAGCUCCGAGUCGCUGAAAGAACUGACACACCUGAAGGAAUACUGGAACAACCCAGGACUGGACAAGGGGGAACAGUUCCUGAGGGAUUAUAUCCUCAACAAACGCUAUGAGGAGGAGGAGGAGGAGGAGGAGGAGGAAGAGGAGGAGGAAGGGGCUCCAGGCCCCCCAGUCCAGCUGGCAGUGGACGACUCCUCAGAUGAAGGGGAGCUAUUCCUGAAGAAGCAGGAAGACUUUGAACACAAGUACAACUUCCGCUUUGAGGAGCCUGACUCAGCCUCAGUCAAGACAUACCCGCGAAGCAUCGCAUCAUCUGUGCGCCGCAAAGAUGAGCGCAGGAAGGAGAAGCGGGAAGAGACGAGGGAGCGGAAGAAGAGGGAGAAGGCCAGGAAGCAGGAGGAGCUGAAACAGUUAAAGAACCUAAAGAGGAAGGAGAUUCUGGCCAAGCUGGAGAAGCUGCGACAGGCCACUGGUAACGAGACCCUGGGCCUUGAGGAGCAGGACCUGGAGGCUGACUUUGACCCCGCCCAGCACGACCAGCUCAUGCAGAAAUGUUUUGGAGAUGCCUUCUAUGGUACUGCGGAGGAAGAGAAGCCACAGUUUGAGGAAGAGGACGGGCUAGAAGAUGACUGGAACUGGGACAUGUGGGGUGGACCCGAGCAAGAUGGGGCCUGGAGCCAACAGGAGCUGCACUGUGAGGACCCUGACUUUAACAUGGAUGCAGACUAUGACCCCAGCCAACCACGGAAGAAGCUUCGUGAGGCCCCCACCUCAGGCAAGAGAAAGCGCAAGUCUCCAUUUGCAGCUGCAGUGGGGCAGGAGAAGCCCAUGUUUGACCCUGGGGACAAGACCUUUGAGGAGUACCUAGAUGAGUACUACCGUCUGGACUACGAGGACAUUAUCGACGACCUGCCCUGUCGUUUCAAGUACCGCACUGUGGUGCCCUGCGACUUCGGGCUCAGCACAGAGGAGAUCCUUUCAGCUGAUGACAAGGAACUGAAUCGCUGGUGUUCCCUGAAGAAGACCUGCAUGUACAGGUCGGAGCAGGAGGAGAUGCAGGAGCAGCGGGUGUACAGCCAGAAGGCCCAGAACAUGUGGAAGAAGAGGCAGAUCUUCAAGUCUCUGUGCCAGGAAGAGAUGGAAAUGUCCACAGAAGCCACAGGAAAGUCACAGAGCAAGGCCAGCCCACAAGUACAGUUGUUCACACCCAAUGGAGCUGACCAGAAGACACCCCAGGCUGAGACCUUAGUAUCCAAGGAAGAGGGGUUGGCCCACACAUCCUGCCCAGAGAAGCCAGCAUCCCAGAAGCAGAAGAGCAAGAAGGCCAGGCUGCUGGGUCCCACGGUGACACUUGGAGGUCACAAGUUCAGCAGACAGAGAUUGCAGGCCUUUGGUCUCAACCCCAAAAGGCUGCACUUCCGCCAGUUAGGCCGCCAACGGAAGAAACAGCAGAGCCACUCCUGAGGGCCACAGGGAGCCAACCUGCCUCUACAACUAAGCUGCUGACCAAACUCUGCCUGGCAGCCUACGAAAGCUACCUGCAGGAGAGGGCACUGCUGUUCCUAAGCUUUGAAAUGAGGCUACCAGAGCACUGUCUUCUCCACAGACAGCCUGAAAUGUCAACAACGCCAGGCAUGUUCAAGUCUGCAUCUUUAUCAGCCACAGUCAGUUCUCCCAGGACAGGACCUUUGGGACCUUGGGACCAGUGACCCAAUGCAGGCUACAGAACUUGAAUUAGGCCCUGAGUGAGUGCCCUGGAGCCCACUCUCCUUCCCUGGCUCCUGAGGAGGCAGGGGCAGCUGGGGGCCCAGAUAGGUCUCAGCUGUGUUGGGGAGGACGGGGACAUGAGGACAGGGGUCCAGCACCACCACUGGAGUUGCAGAUCCCAUACCUGACAUGACAUAAAUAAAAAAAUAAAUAGUCUGGCA